AUGAAAAAAAGAAAUAAAAAUGGAAUAAUAAAUGCGAAUUAUUUGAAAAGUAAGCCUUGGCUAGCUGAGGAGGUGAAUAGUAGGAUAAUAGAAAGGAAUAAAAUCUUUAAUAUUCAAGAAGAUAAAUUUGAAAGAGAUAAAUGGUUUCAUUUAUUGAACAAAUUUUCACAAUAUGGAGAAAUAACAAAAGGGAACAAAAUUAAAUUAUUUGAAAAUAGCAGAGAUUCAUAUUUGUCCAUGAUUGAAAGCAUAAACUUAGCGAAAAAAAGGGUAUGGUUUGAAACAUAUAUUUUUGAGGAAUGCGAAACCGGGGAAAAUUUUAUUGAUUCAUUCUGUAAAGCUUCCAAAAGAGGAUGCGAAGUAAUUUUACUGUUAGAUGCUUUUGGUAGCUGUAAUUUCCCUAAAAAAUGGGAGCAAAAGUUACUAAAAAAUGAUGUAAAGGUCAUAUGGUUUAAUCCCAUUUCUCAAAUUUUUAAAGACACUUUUCUAUUCAGAAAUCACAGAAAGUUGUUAAUUGCUGAUGAAACGGCGUUUUGUGGGUCAAUUAAUAUUACUAACCGAAUUAAUGACUCAUCUUUGUAUGAUGAAAUGAAUAUUGAGAAUUUAAAUACUAUUUACAACUCGAUGAUGCAACAAUUAAUUUUUUUAUUUAAGCAAAUAGUUUAUCUAAUUUCACCUAUAAAGAUCAAUAAGCUCUGUUUCUAUGAUGUACAUGCUGAAAUAAAAGGCCCUGCAACUUAUGAUCUUGGAAAGGUAUUUAUCGACUCACUUAAAGAAUCCAAAUACGGAUAUAAUCCCGAAAUGUUCAAAAGACCGAAGGAAAUUAAGGAUGGUACCAUUUUACAAGUACUAUAUAGUAACACAAGAAAGCAACAUAGAGGAAUUCAAAAUGUUUUGAGUAUAGCAACCAAAAAUUCGUCCAACUGCAUUUACCUAACAACAUCUUAUUUUUUCCCUCCAAGUUUUCUAUGUAAAGCUAUUCAAGCCGCAAUUAACAAUAAUGUUAAAGUUUCAAUGUUAUUGUCAGGUAAGUCCGAUAUUCCAGGAGAUACUAUCGCAACAAAAUACUUAAUCAAGAGAUUCUUAAGUAACAAUGCAAAAUUUUUUUUUACUAGAAAUCUUCACUGCCACGCUAAAUAUAUUACAAUAGAUGGGAUAUGGUCUUCUUUUGGUAGUUUUAACUGGGAUGGAUUCUCUGCAAACAGAAAUUUAGAAGUCUCUGUAGCUUCAUUUGACCCGGAGGUUGCAAGCCAAUUUAUGAAAAUGCAGUCAAAGAUGACACAUUCAUUUCAAAGCACAGAGCAAACAAUAAAUCAGUGGAAGAAACAAUCAAAGUUUACGAGAGUUUGUUCAAAAGUUGCAUAUAUCUUGGUUAAAUUUGUAAAUAAGUGUUUGUCAUAA